AUGUCCAACAAGCUUAAGAAAUUCUUCGCCAAGCAGAAGGUAAAGUUCGGUGCCGCUGGACCGGGUCGCAAGCUUAACUCGGAAGGUCCCGCACCCUCGUCUAGUUCAAGCAAGUCCGGCGGCAGCAGCAGCAAAGAUGUGUACGUUCCGCCGAAGCGAAAGGAACUGUCCAGUGAGGCGAAGGCCGCUGCCAACGCGGCGCUAGCUCGGAUUGAAGGCCGAGACAAGAAGGAGUUCAACACUUCACUAGCGGCCAUCCAAGCGCAGGUGCGACGUGAACUGGAAGCCGAGCGGAAAGCCAAAGAGGAACAGGGAACAGCCGCGGCCGGGGACAGCACAAGCGGUUUAUCGGAAGAUGAGCGAAAAGAUUUGGCCGUGCAGGGAGUUUACUUCCGGUGCCCGUUGAUCAGCGAGGAAGUACUGGCCCGGAAGGAGUGGAAGGUGAAGAUCAAAGAAUUUCUCUACGAACAGCUCGAGCACGAAAAGGGCCUGUCGGCGUGUCUCAUCAUUUACAAUUGUAACCCGAAGGAAAAGGUCGACGCGUGCGUGGAAACGUUGACCAAAUGUUUGGAAAAUAUCGUCAACCAUCCGAGCGAGGAAAAGUACAAAAAGAUUCGCAUGACCAACCGAAUGUUCUGCGAAAAGAUUAAGGUUUGCGAUGGCGCGCUGGAACUGCUCCACUCGGCCGGCUUCUCGGAAAUCACGCUCGACGACGAACCGUAUCUCAUCUGGUCCGAGGAAAACCUUGAGUCGGAAACCACCCUAGAAAGCCUCAUCGACGCCCUCAAAUGUUCGGAACCGUUCCACCUCGAGCUGGACCGUAACAUCCAAGUGCUGCUGCCCUCGCAGGUUCGCAAAACAACCCUUCCGCCGGAUUUCUUCCGCAUCUCCCCUGAGGAAAUAAAACGCGAACAGCAACUCCGCUCGGAAGCGCUCGAGCAGGCGCAGGUCCUCAAGACCAAAGCGAUGCGUGAAAAGGAAGAACUUCGCACCGUCAACCGGUACAAAUUUUCACUCAUUCGCGUGCGCUUUCCCAACGGAGUGUACCUGCAGGGAACGUUCAACGUGUACGAAAAACUGUCCCAAGUGUACGAAUUUGUUCAGUCUUGUCUGAUGCACGAGGCGGCCGAGUUUGCGCUCAUUUCGCCGACCGGCCAACGCUACUCCGACGAAGAGCACGACAAGUCCCUGUACGAUCUGCGCCUGGUGCCGACGAUCGUGUUCAACUUUAACUACGAGCACGAAUCCCGCGAGCUGAAGGAUUUCCUCAAGGAAGAGCUUAUGUUACUUAUUCAAUCUUUGUAGAAAUGUGCCUCUUUUUGUUUUGUGAUUAUUAUUCUUAUUAUGAUUUUGUCCACUUUUUAUUCUAUGGCUUCUACAUAUUUAUAAAAAUUAUCACACCUGCAACCGCGAUGUAACGAACGUGAUCCGUAAAAUAUAUUAAUGUAUUAUGACAUA